AUGCUGCAGUUGUUUGAGUGCGGUGCUUCAUCGUGGUGGUGGUUGUGGUCGCUGGUUUUUGUCGCUGUGGUGACUGCAGUCAUUGCACACCCUCUCCUCUCCACCGACACAGAACGCGCAGUCCCUCUCACGGUCCCUAUUCCCCCGCAGCUGCAGAGCGAAUAUUCAUGGAGUCGCGAAGAGGCAGACAGAGGCAGUGUUGACGGCAAAUCCGAGUAUGAAGAGUUCCUCACCGGCCGCAUAUACCCUCGAAGUCCAGCCGAUGGUCGUCGUCUUGGACCGCCUAUUACUCCUAGAGAUGAGCUUGCGAUCGACUCGGCCAUCUCGGCUGCUGCCCAAGCUCAAGCCGAAUGGUCGCAGACCACCUUUUCAGAGCGCCGUCAAGUCCUGCGAACACUGCUUCGCUAUGUCCUAGACCACCAGGAACAAAUCGUGGCCGCGUGCUGCCUGGACUCGGGGAAGACCAAAAUAGAUGCUUGCUUCGGCGAAAUCCUAGUCACGGUCGAGAAACUACAGUGGACUAUCAAACACGGGGAAAAGGCUCUGAGCGUUUCAAGGCGACCGACCAACCUUCUCAUGUGCUACAAAUCAAACACGGUCAUCUAUGAGCCUCUCGGUGUGGUCGCAGCGUGUGUGAGCUGGAACUAUCCCUUCCACAACUUCAUCUCGCCCAUCAUUUCAGCCUUGUUCGCAGGCAAUGCCAUCGUGGUGAAGCCGAGUGAGCAGACAUGCUGGAGCACCCUCUACUUCAUCGACAUUAUCCAAGGAGCUCUGCGAGCAUGUAAUCACAGUGCCAGCCUGGUCCAGAAUGUCGUCUGUCUCCCAGAGGUCGCAGACCACCUCACCAGUCAUCCAGCCAUCAGCCACAUCACUUUCAUUGGCAGUAGAGAAAUCGCGCACAAGGUGUGUGAAUCGGCUGCGAGAUCACUGACCCCUGUCACCGUGGAGUUGGGGGGGAAAGAUCCUGCCAUCGUGCUUGAUGACCCAACAACCAUCAGAACCAUUGACGACGUGGUCUCUAUCCUCCUGCGUGGAGUCUUUCAAUCUGCUGGCCAGAAUUGCAUCGGUAUUGAGCGCGUCAUCGCACUACCUGCAAUCCACGACAAAUUGCUCGCUGAGGUUCUUCCCAAAAUCAAAUCGCUGCGUCUCGGCUCUGUUCUCCUGUCGUCUCCCAACAACCCGCCCGAUGUGGGCGCCAUGAUCUCGUCACGCAAUUUCUUUCGUCUCGAAUCCUUGAUCUCCUAUGCUGUCGCCCAGGGCGCGAUCCUCCACUGUGGGGGUCGACGCUACAACCACCCUCAGCAUCCGUACGGAACUUACUUCAUGCCCACGCUGCUGAGUAAUGUGACUCCUGAAAUGGAGAUUGCGCAGACGGAGCUCUUCGGGCCCGUUUUCCUGCUCAUGAAAGCCGAGGAUGUGGACAGUGCCAUCCGCAUCGCGAACUCGACCAGCUACGCUCUGGGCGCCGGAGUGUUCGGCCACGACCAGCGCGACGUCCAGAAAUGCGUCCGGGGGAUCAAGGCCGGCAUGGUCGCCGUCAACGACUUCGGCGCCUACUACGCAUGCUCUUUGCCCUUUGGCGGCGUCAAGGGCUCCGGCUACGGCCGCUUCGGUGGCGAAGAAGGGCUGCGGGCACUAUGCAACAUCAAGGCCGUCUGCGAGGACAGCUGGUGGGCGCGGGAUCUGGGCAUCCAGACGCGGAUCCCCUCGAAAUUGCAGUAUCCGGUCUCCAAGCACGGCUGGGACGUGUGCAAGGGCGUGGUGGGCACGGGGUAUGCGCUCAGUCUGGGCGUAUGGGAGUGGAUUGGGUCUGUCGUGGCGCUGUUGACGGCUUUGACGAAGAGUGACGAGGAGAGACGAUGA